AUGCUUGCAUCCGAGAACCUGCCUCGCAACAAGAUCCUCGUCGUCGGCAGGAGAGGUGUUGGAAAACUCUCCCUCGUCCAGGCCAUCUUGGGAUCGAGGUUCGUGCCGACGACUUCUGCAUCAAAGUCUCGACCUUCUUCACCACUUAUUUUACCGGCGAUUCCUGUACCGACGAUUGAGGAGACGAUUCUGGAUGACCCUCAGCAACUUCAACUGCAAGGAUUGACGGUUUCGUCGCCCACGACGCCACCAAAUACCGCACAACCUGACCAUACCAGUAACCAUAACGGCGGUCAUAGUAGUCAUCACUCCUCGCCAUUCUCACCCGUUUCAUCUACACACCAACAACAAUCGCUCUUCGCCUCUCCUGCGCAGACCAGAUCGGUGCAUUCGCAAAACAGUCAUCAAGGAGGCCAAGGACAAGAAGAAGAAGAAGAGACGAUGGACGAGGCACAGAUGAACACCACCAUGACAACGAGGCCCAAGCUCGACCACUCUGGAGUCACUAUCCCCUGGACCAUCGAUACAAAGUACUACUCGGUCGAGGUCGACUUUUGGAUCGACGAGACCGAGGCCCAUGGAGGUACUGAGCUGGAGAGGAUGAUUGAGAGUGGUGAUCUGGAUGAGAUGGGUGCUGUUGUUGAGGCUGUCGUCUUUUGUUUCUCCAAGAACCAGCCUUCAACGUUUCACGACAUCAAGCCCUGGCUGGCAUUUGUGGAGAGACACGAGCCUUCUAUCACUCUGUGUGUGGCGACGGAUGCACCCAUGGAUCAGGAGAAUGCUCAGGAAAGCAGACUGGAGAGCGAUGUUGUUGAGGAUUUUGAUGACUGGUGCUUGGCCAAUGGGUUUGAAUUCAUCGAUCUCCAGGACCAGCCCUUGAACUCGAAUCUCGACGAACAUGUUGGGCUUGAUAGGAUCUUGGAAGCAUUGGCGGCGCACAUGUGGGAUGGCCUGAAGAGAAAGAGCAGCAAGAAACGCGAUCUCCACGAGCGGAGUAUGAUGAUGUCGUUCCAGGACGACGACGCAGACAUGCUUGGCGAUGGGCCUUGGAGAGACCAAGGAGCAAGGAUGGGCCUCAAUGACCAGGAUAUGGGUGACCUCAGUCAACUGCACGAUGAUGAGGAUUAUGACGAUGACGAUGAAGACGACGAAGAUGAUGACCGAGCGUUUUACAAGGCACUGGCAGAACUCAAUUUGCGGAACCGGUCAUCUUCUCCAUCAGCACCAGGAAACGGAUCAUUAUCUCAACAAACCGCCGAUACUAGCGUUGGAACGACCACGACGGACGGUGGCAAUAUGACCGAGGAAGGAUUUGACGACGAGUUUGGAUCGACUGGAGGCAGUCAGUCGAUGAAGGAGCUGGAUGGCGAUGAUUUGGAGUUCUGGUCAAGUCAGGAUUCAUUUUCAACAUCUUCUAUUCUGGGCAGUCAGAAUCCUAUCGAGCAGGCUUUGGAGAGACAGUUCCGGCAGUUUUUGGGUCAGCCUGCAGAUGGUGGUAAUAUCACCAAUUCGUCAAUUGGCACCGGUGGUGGCAAAGAGUCGUCGUAUGAGUUUUCGUCGGAUAGAGAUGCGUCGUUCGAGCUGGAUGGAUCCAACGAUUUUGAGUUUGGUAACUUUGUCAGCGCCCAGCCCGGUGCAGAUGCCCUCGAUGACUUUGAGUUUCAUUAUUCAGUGGACGGGAUGUCGACACCCAACCAGGAAUCGAUUAAGUCGAUGCAUAAGGCUUUGUUCUCGAAUAUUGAUGAUAAUGAUGGCAUGGCGCAGACCAUUGCUACCAUCCAAGGCCUUCGAGAGCAAGGGAAGAAUUUGCCGGAGCAUGAGAGGCGGGAACUGGCCGCGAGAGUGGCCCUCUCUUUUGGUCUCCAGAUGGGCGAGUAA